AUGGUGCUCCCCACGCUCUUGCAGAUAGCACUCGUGCUAUUCUUCGCCGGUCUGCUGGAACUCCUCUGGACGUUAAAUCACACUGUCUCCAUUGUUGCAGCGGUCUUUGUAGCAAUCCUCGGCUUGUUCCAGUUGGUGACCACUGUCCUCCCUGCAUCUGUACCGGACUGUCCAUAUCAGUCUCCUCAGGCUCUGGGUUUCAUCAUUCUCGUAAAGCUCUCUAGAUUGGCCAUUGGCAAAAUAUGCAGACGAAGCUGGAAUUACGUCAUGAACUGUUGCGGCGACGAUCUACCAGUAGCAUUUCAUUGGCAAGACCGUGGUCUUUGGACCGCCCGCAGAAAAUUUGCACUCUCUGUCCGCAGAUAUAUCCAUUACAUCGACAACUGGCUUAACAUGGUCGUUGCCGAGAAGAGGUUAUAUAAUUGGAGAGAAAGAGAGAGGAUGAUUGUGGAUUCCAAUGGUGAGAUGCUUGAUACGCGCAUGCUCAUAGCUGCCGACCUUACAUUCACGGAUAACGCGUUCCUCGAGACUGUGGUUAGGCGCUGCCUGACAGGCAUGAAGGUUGAGGGAGCGACUCAAUGCUUUCACCGCAUUGUGGAUCAUUGCAGCAAACACCCCUGGCAAGUUUCUGCCCUGCAGCACGGAAUCAAGGUCGAUCGUUCAGGAGCCGCUCUCAUUAAUAUUGCGCUCGACAUCAUUAUGAUGGUUGAACCGCAUCGGUUACACAAUUCUACUGUCCUACCGCUGCUGCGGUUCCUGUCUACAAACAUGCGGUGGACGAGUCCUUCGAGCUCGACCCAGUGGCAGCAACUCUUUGAUGUUGGAGUUAGCUUGCUUUGCAACGAGUGGAACGAGAUACGUUAUCUUGCUUUUGACAUCACCGCCUUUUCCUUUCGAGUCGCCCCUGAGCUGAACAAAGUAACGUUGAGCAGCAGUGGUCUACAAGCUAUGGCGUCGUACCUAGAAUUCUCAGAAGUCAAAGGCGACAAAUGGAGAUCUUUGGUUGCGACGGACCUAUUACUGGACUGUGCCGCUUCCAACUGCCUAUCUGACGUCGACCUGAACGCCGUGCAAGCGGACGUGCAGAAACCUUUGCGCGAUUUCUUCUGCUUGUGGGAAAUGGUUCCGCUCGUGGAUCAUCCCUCUUACGUCCUUCUCGGUAUCGGUACUUCCUUCGUUCAAUUCGCUAGGCGCAAUACUGGACACGUGGAAAUUGGCUUGAUAGAAGUGAUAGUCAGGAUGUUCUCGGCGUACGGGACGGCGAAUGUAUUUUCGAACGAGGCGGAAAGGCAGGCGAAGGAGAAAUUGGUCAACCUCUUACUUGACCUGGACGCCAUUCUGAACUGGUACAUGCUCGCUGAGUUGCCCGGUCCAUAG